CCUAACCCCCCACUCCAACCCAAACAAAAAAGUAGUCCACCUCGCCACGUUUUCAAUAUUUCCAAGUUUUCAACCUUUCAAUCUCUUUGUCAACUUGUCCAUUUCUUCUUCACCUUCCCCCAUUUCCCCUCCCCAUAUAAAUCCCUCACCUUUUUCCCUUCUCCCAUUACACCCCAAUUCUCCCCUUCCCUCAAAAAAUCUUCUAAACCCCAUUUCACAUUUCAACAACCAAGAAUCAACAACCCAAAAACCAAGAACCAAAAAACCAAGAAUCAAGAACCAAAAACCAAGAACCAAAAAACCAAAAAUCAAGAACCAAGAAACCAAGACUCAAGAACUAAGAAACCAAGAAUCAAGAACCAAAACAAUCAAGAAUCUUUGUGUGUAUUAGACAACAUUGUAUUACAAACAAUACCAUGUUGUCUUUCACCCCACAUCUAUCUAAGCCAACACCACCCACCCCCACCACCCUUUGGUCUCACCCCACCCACCCUCACCCCACCUACCCCACUAAACGCCACCACUUCUCACAACUCACCAACAACCGCAAACUUAGCAUUACUGCCAUUGAUGCAGCACAACCAUUUGAUUAUGAAGCAAUAGUUUCAAAUCAAUUAUUUCAAUCAAACAAACUCAAAAUAGCCAUAGUUGGUUUUGGUAAUUUUGGUCAGUUUUUAGCUAAAGCAUUUAAACGUCAAAAUCAUAUUGUUUUUGCACAUUCAAGAACUGAUUAUUCACAUAUUGCAAAUUCAUUAGGUGUUUCUUUUUUCCAAGAUCCAAAUGAUUUAUGUGAACAACAUCCUGAUGUUAUUGUUCUUUGUACUUCAAUUAUAUCAACUGAACCUGUACUUAGAUCAUUACCAAUUCAAAGGUUAAGAAGAAACACAUUGUUUGUUGAUGUUUUGUCUGUUAAAGAAUUCCCAAAGAACAUUUUUUUACAAGUUUUACCUACCCAUUUUGAUGUACUUUGUACUCAUCCUAUGUUUGGACCUGAAAGUGGUAAAGAUAGUUGGAAAGAUUUAGGUUUUGUGUUUGAUAAAGUUAGAAUUGGUGAAGGAGAAUCAAGAAAAUCGAGGGUCGAUAAGUUUCUUGAUAUAUUUGAGAAAGAAGGUUGUAGAAUGGUACCAAUGACAUGUGCUGAACAUGAUAGAUAUGCUGCCGGUUCGCAGUUUAUAACGCAUACAAUGGGUAGGGUGCUGGAGAAAUUGGAUUUGGAAACAACUCCUAUUAAUACUAAAGGGUAUGAGACUUUGUUGAAUUUGGUUGAGAAUACUUCUAGUGAUAGUUUUGACUUGUACUAUGGAUUGUUUAUGUACAAUAAAAAUGCUAUGGAGCAGUUGGAAAGACUUGAUUUAGCUUUUGAGUCUUUGAAGAAAGAGUUAUUUGGUCAUUUACAUGAAGUUUUGAGGAGGCAAUUGUUUGGGAAAGUUGAGGAAGCAGGACAAAGGCGUGUGUUAUCGAAAUUGCCCAAGAAUGGGUAUGCGUUGCCAGCUCCUUCAUCGGACGCAGUUAAAUCGCAGAACAAUUGAGGGAAUUCUGAAUCUUUGGUAUGUCUGCAUUUGGAUGUUUAUUAACAGCAUCUUUGUAACAAUUCAAUGUUAGCAAUGUAACUAUGCUUACAAGGACAUGCUCAUUGUGUUGUUUAAUGUGAAGAGUAAGGAGAGGCACUAAAUCAACCUUCUUUUUCCAUUUGGAGUUGGGAUUAGGUGUUGAGUUGUAAGAUCAUCAAAAAAAAACCAUAAAUGUUUUGGCCUGUGAUGUCAGCUGUUGUUUAGGAACAUUUGUGGUAGGAGAGUAUCUUUUGAUGUAGUUUAGGGGUCGACAAGGCAGUUGACAUUUGUUUGUUUGUUACUGGAUAGGCUAUUCUGUAUCUCAUGUAUUUAUGUUUGAAUAGAAGAGUUAUGUGUUUGCUUA